ACGCGUGUGUGCAAAUGUGGGCACCGAUUUGCCACCAUCCAUCCGCACCGUGCGCCUUGCGCCGACGUGCAGCAGCCGUGCAAACACACACACACACCUUGCACCGUCACCGCCCCUUGCACGCUCACCUUGCACCGACUCACCUCCGUGCACCAAGGCAGAUGCACACUUGCCUUGCACCGACACGUGCAAGCUCGCACCAUCACCCCCUUCCACGCUCAUUUAUCACCAGCAGGUGGCGGUUUUCACGCUCACCCCUCGCACGCUCAACUCGUACCACUGCCACCCUUUACACACUCACUGCUGAGCAGCAGCGCCAUUUGCACACUCCCCACUCUCAGCAGGGUCCUUUGCACACUCACCCCUUGCACACUCCUCACCACACAUUCCCUUGCACACUUAUCACCACCCCCUCCUUUGCACACUCACUCCCCACCAUCAGAUUGAUCCCUCUGUACUCUCGCCUUCUUGCACGCUCACUGUCCACCAUCAGAGCCCUUUGCACACUCACUCGCACGCUCACUUCUCACCAUCAACUCACUUUGCACACUCACUCCCACCAUCAGAUCCAUUUGCACACUUACCCCUUUGCCCACUCAAUUCCCACCACUUCACCCCGCACACUCACCGCCUUGCACACUCACCUCUCAAAAUUGACCCCUAUUUGCACACUCACCCCACCAUUUGAGCCCUUUGCACACUUGCAUCCUUGCACACUCACUUCCCACCCCACCUCGCUUUGCACACUCCGCCCUUGCACGCUCACCCCCCACUAUCAGGGCCCUUUGCACACUCACCCCCUUGCACACUCAGCCCCACCAUUGGAGCUCUUUGCACACUUGACCCCUUGCACACUCACCCCCACCAUUGGAGCUCUUUGCACACUUGACUCCUUGCACACUCACCCCCACCAUUGAAGCUCUUUGCACACUCGACCCCUUGCACACUCACACCGUCAUCGGAGCCCUUUGCACACUCACCCCCACCAUUGGAGCUCUUUGCACACUCAACCCCUUGCACACUCACACCAUCAUCGGAGCCCUUUGCACACUCACCCCCUCGCACACCCAUUUCCCAGCCCACCUCGUUUUGCACACUCACCCCCUUGCACACUCACCCCCACCAUUGGAGCUCUUUGCACGCUCAACCCCUUGCACACUCACACCGUCAUCGGAACCCUUUGCACACUCACCUCCACCAUUGGAGCCCUUUGCACACUCACCCCCUCGCACACCCAUUUCCCAGCCCACCUCGCUUUGCACACUCACCCCCUUGCACACUCACCCCCCACCGUCGGAGCCCUUUGCACACUCGCGGCGCCCCGCAUCCCGGCA